GUCGUGAUCAGCACAGCACACAAAGCUUCUUUCCGCCGUCUAUAUAAAAAGCUUACAGCUUCUUCAAACUUUUCAAACCAUACCUUUUUGGACUCUCCUCAUAGCUACUAUGGUCAACGCUGUUGCUUAUAUUCGAAAUGGCGCAUAUGCAGUCGUCGGCUUAAUUUGGUUCGCUCAAAAAGACGGCAGCAAUGAGACUGAAGUUUACGGAAACAUUUCGAACGUCUCAUCCGGUGAGCAUGGCUUACACAUUCAUCAAUAUGGAGAUCUUAGCAGAGGCUGUGAAUCAUUUGGACCUCAUUUCAAUCCUUACAACCAUACUCACGGCGGUCCGACCGACAAAGUUAAGCACGUUGGCGAUUUUGGCAAUGUAGUUGCAGAUGCAAAUGAUACUGUUCACGUUCGCUUAACGGUUGAUUCUUUGGAAUUUUCAGGCAAGAAUUCGAUUCUAGGACGUGGUAUUGUCCUGCACGAAGGAAAGGAUGAUUUAGGCAAAGGUGAUACACCAGACUCAAAAUUGACCGGAAACUCUGGUGCUCGAUUGGCUUGCGGUGUCAUUGGCUGGGCUGCCGAAGAGCUAUAAACUUAAAAUGUUUAUACGCAGUGACGAAGGCAUAGUGAUCCAUGUGUUGUAUAUUAGUCUUUUAUAAGCCUUCUAUCAUACAUUUUCACAGCACAAUCAUCUGUAUAAUUUUAGACCUAAGUCAAUUUGUAGUGACAGCGGCUUCAUCCAUCCAGUAUGUCAUAUGUUAUAUUUUAAGUGACAAUUAUCGCUAAAUAAGUUUAUUUUUAUCAA